AUGAGUUGCAAAAGAUUCCUUUUUAUUCUCAGAAGUUUACGGUUUGAUAGCCGAACAACAAGGGAAGUGAGACAAUCACUGGAUAAACUGGCGGCUAUCAGGGACUUCUGCAAUUUGAUGAAUGACAAUUUUCAAAAAUGUUAUAGUAUGUCUGAGAAUGUUACUAUUGAUGAGCAGUUACCUGCGUUCCGAGGAAGAUUCUGUGGCGUCGUGUAUAUGCCUAGCAAACCCACCAAAUAUGGGAUCAAACAUUUUGCUCUCGUGGACUCCGCAACAUACUAUCUCCAAAGAUUUGAAGUUUACGUUGGAGUGCAACCUGAUGGACCAUUCAAACUACCCUCUGAUACCAAAAGUCUAGUAAAACGAUUGAUAGAACCUAUUUCCGGGACUGGAAGAAAUGUUACCAUGGACAACUGGUUCACUAGUGUCCCACUGGCCAAAUCGCUUUUAGAUGAACAUACGCUUACCAUGGUGGGCACACUGAGAAAAAAACGCAAAAGCGUAACAUAUACUGAACUGAAAUAA